AUGCAUCUCAUCCCAUUUGCUCCUCGCGAGCCCCCAAUCAUCAUCACACCACAGGUCUACACUGUUGACAAGGAGAACGACAUGAUCCGCACGUUGAAGGUCGGGCUGGAGCAAGACGUCAAGUAUAGUGCUCUCUAUCGACUAGAAAAUGGCAAGCAGCUUGUCUUGCUCGUUUCGUCAUCUUCCCUUCGCUAUCCCCUUCCCUCUUUCGAUACUCUCCGCGCAUCCACCUCAACUCUUUCUUCCUUCACAGAGCUCACAAAGAUGAUGCGGCGGUGGAGACUUCGCCUGGGUAAGCUCGGAUACACCAGUCCCGCGAUCGCAGUGGAUUUGCGCGGUCCCUUCAUGCGCGGCCUUGAGAUCCGCCAGGUCGAUAGAUAUGCGCAUCUAGAUAGCCAGAACUCUCAGAGAUUACCUAUCCGUGGUUGA